AUGGAUUUAGAAAACAGAGAGAGUACGAAAUACAAUUACGGCACUCCGGGCGGGCCCUGGCGCUGCGCGGGUCAUCGCUGCUGCCGCUCCGCACCGAACCCCGGAGCACAGCAGUCAAAGCCAGAGCGGCGGCGGUCUGGCGGCCGGCACGCAGCGGGAGUCGCGGCUCAGGCCGGGCCUUCGAGUCAUCCCGGAUCCUCCGCCAGCACAUCCCCAGCCAUCGCGAAGGCCCUGGGGUCCCGCGGCUCCGGUCCUGUCGCUCUCCCACCUCUCGAGCCUCAGAACUGGAGACCUGGAGAACUGGAGACGUGCCAAGGACGAGAUGCGCUACAAAGAGAAGCCCGGCGACGGAGGAUUGUUUUGAACCGGAGUCAAAAGGAUCUCCUCGAAGCAUGCUUUAAGUGGAACCCUUACCCUGGUAUAGCUACCAGGGAACAGCUAGCCAAAGAUACUGGUAUUUCAGAGCCUAGAAUUCAGGUUUGGUUUCAAAACCACAGAACGAGACAAUUAAAGGCCCAGCGACUGAAGUCUAGAAGGUCCGUAGGAGAGCAAACCCAGGUUCAGGAUCAGCCUUUGCUAAAGACUCAAGAAUAUUUAGGGGCAGGACACAGAAAAAACCGGUUAUACCUGACAAGAUCUCAAAGCAGUGUCCUAGUUCAAGCCUUUGAGAAGAACCAGUUCCCUGGUAUUGCUACUAGGGAAGAACUGGCUAAAGAAACAGGCAUUCCAGAAUCAAGAAUUCAGAUAUGGUUUCAGAACCGAAGAGCUCGGCACCAGAAGCGGAGCAAAGGGGCACCUGUGAAUUCCUUGGCAGAUGCCCCAGAUGUGAGGAAAGAGCUGACUGUUCAGCAGCACCAAAAUGACCCUUCUACUGUCCCAAGCAGGUCCCAUGAUAUUCCUCCCUCUAAUUCUUUCAUUAUCAACCAAAAUUCUUGUCUUAUACUCUACACAUCCUUUGUUCCUUGGGAUCCCUUUGCGGGUCAUGCAAACCAGGCACCAACUAUCUUGGUGGUCCAGCCCACCCAGACUGUGCAGGGGUUGGAGAACCCUCACCCACCUCUGACACCAGUGAAUCAGCUGCCAACAGUACUGCCUCCAGAAAGGGAGUUCUUAGAUACUGAGACUCCUUUAUGUCCCCAGGACCAAGGAAAAUGCCAGGAUCGCAGUGAGCCCAUUGAACCCAUUGACCUGGAAGUACUAGAGUCAAAGAAUUAUUUGCAGUUUAAACUUGAUAGUAAAAAGCAGUGGAAGGAUCUAAGUCAUCAAGACAUAACUUUCUUUAUUGAAUGGUGGGAUGAGUGCUGCCAAGCUCUGAUUGCAGAGUGGGAGCCUCCUGAAGGGACACUCUGAUAUCCAGGAUUCACU